GAACGCUGGACGAGAGUUGUUCGUUUGUCAAUUCUCAACACAUUUUAUUUCAACUACCCCGAAAUUAACAAGUGUCAGCUGCCGAGAUGUCUAUGGAACACAAGUGUUACUGCAGAGGCGAUGAGCUCACAAGCAUGGAUCUCAAUAAGCCUGAACACCUCUUGCCCAUGAUGAGGCCUUUUUCUAUGAGCUUCAACAAGAUGCCUCUCCAGCUGACAAAGCCCGCGCCCCAGUUCAAGACCACCGCCGUCGUCAACGGCGAGUUCAAGGACAUCGCGCUCAGUGACUUCAAGGGCAAAUAUGUUGUGCUGUUCUUCUACCCGAUGGACUUAUUGUGGAUGUCUCCUGAAGUUAUCGAGCGGGUUACUCUAUUCGAAAGGAUAUUUAAAUGCAGACUUAGGAAAACCAAUGAAAGUACAGACACACGUACAUUCGUGUGCCCCACGGAGAUCAUCGCGUUCUCUGAGCGCGCCGACGACUUCCGUAAGAUCGGCUGCGAGGUGAUCGCCGCCUCCACCGACUCGCACUUCACUCACCUCGCCUGGAUCAACACGCCGCGCAAACAGGGAGGCCUGGGCCCCAUGAACAUCCCGAUCAUCAGCGACAAGUCUCACCGCAUCGCGCGCGACUACGGCGUGCUCAACGAGGAGACCGGCAUCCCCUACCGCGGACUCUUCAUCAUCGACGAGCUGCAGAACCUGCGACAGGUCACCGUCAACGACCUGCCUGUCGGACGGUCUGUGGAGGAGACCCUCCGCCUGGUGCAGGCCUUCCAGUACACGGACAAGCACGGCGAGGUGUGUCCCGCCAACUGGCAGCCCGGCGCCAAGACCAUCAAGCCCGACACCAAGGCCGCGCAGGAGUACUUCAUCGAUGCCAACUAAACACUCCGCACACAGCAUACCGUUCAAUGUUGACGUUACUCGCUAGUACGGACAGACAAUCACAGGUGGCGCUUUUAUAAAAUGCCAUAGUUUGUAAUUGAGUUGAGAGUAAUGUGAGUGACUUGUAAUGUCAACAUUUAACAUAAUUAAAAUACUGUACUGAAAAUUGUAUUCAUAAUUUAUACCAAAUCUAUAGAAUUCUGGCAGUCGUCAAAAUUGUAGUGAUAUGCCAGAGUGUAUUCAUAAUGAGUACAAUUUUCAGUUAUUUUCACACUAACCUGAAUGUCGGAAAUAGGAGUUAGCGAUUUAGGACAUGUCUGAAUCUCAUGCGGUGAGGCUUGUCAACGCCUGUUCGACUUCACAUAUCAAAGAUAUCAACUUUUCAUUUCGAUCAUGUUGAAAAGUUAAAAGCGAGCUCCGAUUUUCCUAAACAGUUGGACAAUAAUGUAAUGUAGGUAACCGCAGUGAUUAGCUUACCUCAUACACCACGCAAUCAGUAUUCAAUCGAGAUACUAUGUUAUACGCUAGAAUCGAGGCUGUAAUAAAGCUAUGUUCAAAAA